GCCCGCGACCAAUCAGGGCGUGGUUGUGAUUUCCAUGGCAGCCGCAGCCGCGCGGCUGAGGGGAGGCGGCGGUGCCGCCGCGGCCGCUCCCGGGGCCGCUCCUCAUCCCGCAGCCUUCCUCAUCCCGCUCCCGGAGCCCUUCCCCGUCCCGCUCCCUGCCCACUGCGAUGGUGCCCGAGCGGAGCCGCGGCGGCGGAGGGGCGGCCGUGCCGCUGCUGCGCGGCUCCGGGCGGGCGCGGGGGCGGCGGCAGCAGCAGCAGCAGCAGCGCAGACCUUAAUUUAUUUGGGAUCGGGAUCCCCAUGGCACGUGAACUAGAGGAUACUUUGGAGUAGGAGGUGUUCUGAUCCUUCCCAAGAUGGUGGGGAAGCUGAAGCAGAACCUGCUGCUGGCGUGCCUGGCCAUCAGCUCGGCGACCGUGUUCUACCUGGGCCAGCACGCCAUGGAGUGCCACCACCGCAUGGAGGAGCGCGGGCAGCCCCCGCGGGGCGACGGCGCCGGGGCCACGCCGGGAACGGCCCCGGGUGGCGGUGCCAACGGGAGCCUGCCCUACAGCAAGGACACGCCGCUGAUCUUCAUCGGGGGCGUGCCCCGCAGCGGCACCACGCUGAUGCGCGCCAUGCUGGACGCGCACCCCGACGUCCGCUGCGGGGAGGAGACCAGGGUGAUCCCCAGGAUCCUGGCCGUCAAGCAGAUGUGGGCCAGGUCCAGCAAGGAGAAAAUCCGCCUGGACGAGGCCGGGGUGACGGAUGAGGUGCUGGAUUCGGCCAUGAGGGCCUUCCUGCUGGAGAUCAUCGUCAAGCACGGCGAGCCCGCUCCCUACCUGUGCAACAAGGAUCCCUUCGCUUUGAAAUCCUUAACUUACCUGGCCAGGAUUUUCCCCAACGCCAAGUUCGUGCUGAUGGUGCGGGAUGGCCGUGCCUCCGUGCACUCCAUGAUCUCCAGGAAGGUCACCAUAGCUGGCUUUGACCUGAACAGCUACAGGGACUGCCUGACCAAGUGGAACCGGGCCAUAGAGACCAUGUACAACCAGUGCAUGGAGGUGGGCUUCCAGAGGUGCAUGCUGGUGCACUAUGAACAGCUGGUGCUGCACCCGGAGAGGUGGAUGAGGACUCUGCUCAAGUUCCUGCACAUCCCCUGGAACCAGGCAGUGCUGCACCAUGAGGAGAUGAUUGGAAAAGCGGGGGGGGUUUCUCUUUCCAAGGUUGAAAGAUCCACUGACCAAGUGAUCAAGCCAGUGAAUGUGGAAGCCCUGUCCAAGUGGGUGGGGAAGAUCCCAGCUGAUGUCCUGCAGGACAUGCCAGUGAUUGCCCCCAUGCUGGCCAAACUGGGCUACGACCCCUAUGCCAACCCCCCCAAUUACGGGAAGCCAGAUCAGAAGGUGGUGGAAAACACGAGGAGGGUCUAUAAAGGUGAAUUUCAGCUUCCUGACUUCCUCAAAGAAGUGCCACAGCCAAAGAAGACAGUAGAAAGGAAGUCUCGUGGCAAGAUAAAAUGAACGUGGAGCAGUGAAGUGGCAUAGCUGUAGUACUGAACCUAUGGAAUAGAAGAUAAAAUGGACAUUUCUUGCACAGAAGAAGAUCAGCUGCUGCCUUUUCCAUGGGAAUGAUCUCUCAGGCCUGUCCCCCUGGCAUCAGAGGAGUGCUGCUCAUGGCCUGCCCUCUUCAGAAUGUUCUCUCCUCUUUCUUUCAUCUGUUUUUGUUCCAAAUGUUGCUGUUGUGAGCGCAUGUAAACCUGUUAAAAAACAAAAAAAAAUCACUAAUGUUAAUGUAGAACUGCAUUACAUUCGCACAACUAUUUUUCUUAAGGUUUUAAAAAAUGCAAAAGCAAUGCCUGUCUCUGAAAUUGCUCCUCUGUUUUAAUUACAGGGCUCCAUCUUCAGAUUUUUGUUUCUUGUAGCAGUUUGGUUUUAAAUGUACAAAGCUUUCAAGAGUGGUCUGUGCUUGUCCUGAAAGAUUCUUGGUGGAAAAGUUGUUUGUUUUAUUCACAUGUGAAAAAUGUUAAAUAUCUUUUAUUUAAAAAGAAAAAAAAAGUUGAUAAAUUACAUGUACAAUUACAAUUCAAUGAUCUUUUGUAUUUUAUUUUUCAAAAUAAAUGCUUUAAAUGUGA